CCGAUCUCCUCCGAAAGAGAUAAAUAACCGUAACUUAUUACAUGUUGUCCUCCUUUUUAAAAAUAAAAAUAAAAAUAAAAAUAAAUCUCAAUUUGGCAAAAUAAUUGACAUAAUUAAUAGAACUAUCCACGAGUCCGUUUUUGGAAAUAAAUUUAAAAAAAAAAAUUGCCAAAAGAAGAGAGUGCGAGAAGCAGCCGGAGCAAGAAAAAAUGCAAACGCCAGUGCUGUUGCAAGAUGGAAGUCAUGCACUGAAUCAAACGCCAUCAACGCGCGGCAAUCACUGCCCUUAAAAUUCAAGAUCCCACAAGAAACCCAGAAACCAGCAUCCCUUUUCUUCUUCUUCUUCUUCUUUUUUCCUGCAAUUACGUGCAAGAUGGGAAAACGAAUAUGGAUUCCCUGGGCGAUCAUGGCGCUCCACGUCGUCGCCAUUCUCUUAUUCACCAGAGGCUUUCUUCUCACCCGGACGGAACUUCCAUUUUACAGCAACUGCUCCGACGGUUCGCAGUCGCCUUGCUCCUACUCCGUUCCAGAAACCCAGAACCGAAACGACACCGUUGACCCGAAUCAGCAGCGUUGCUGGAGCAAGCCUGCUGUUGGGCGCCUUGUAAUCAUCGUUUUCGACGCCCUCAGGUUUGAUUUUGUGGCUCCCAGUACUUUCUUUCAAGAAUCAAAACCAUGGAUGGACAAAUUAAAACUUGUUCAAGACAUGGCAGCCAGAAAUGCGUCGACCGCUCGGAUUUUUAAAGCCAUUGCUGAUCCGCCAACAACGAGUUUGCAGCGUUUGAAGGGCUUGACAACCGGUGGAUUGCCGACUUUUAUUGAUGUUGGGAACAGCUUUGGUGCUCCAGCAAUAGUGGAAGAUAACUUGAUACAUCAGUUGGCUAAAAAUGGAAAGCGAGUUGUAAUGAUGGGGGACGAUACAUGGACGCAGUUGUUUCCUCGUCAUUUUGAAAAAUCUUUUCCUUACCCCUCUUUCAAUGUUAGAGAUCUUGAUACGGUGGACAAUGGCUGCAUUGAGCACCUUCUUCCAUUCUUGUACCAAGAAGAUUGGGAUGUUCUUAUCGCACACUUUCUUGGUGUGGAUCAUGCUGGGCACAUAUUUGGGGUUGAUUCUAUGCAAAUGAUAGAAAAGUUGGAGCAAUACAACAAUGUCUUGCUGAAAGUAGUUGAAGCACUGGAGAGGCAGUCUGCGCCAGGGGGCUUACAUGAGAAUACUCUUUUACUUGUGAUGGGCGAUCAUGGACAGACUGUGAAUGGAGAUCAUGGUGGGGGGAGUUCUGAAGAGGUUGAGACAUCAUUAUUUGCUGUGAGCUUUAAGAAUCCUCCAUCUUCCAUACCAUCAGAGUUUGAUACUUCAUCUUGUGAACUUGAUUUGGAUGGGAGGAAUAUUUGCAAGUUCCAUGCAGCAGUGACAAUAUCAGCGCUGCUUGGUAUCCCCUUUCCUUUUGGAAGUAUUGGGCGUGUUAAUCCUCAGCUUUAUGCUUUAGGAGUUGGAACAUGGAAUUUUGAAGAUAGUGUGGGCAAUUCCCAAAAUCAGUCAAAGUUGGAACAAUGGAUGCUGAAUUAUGCCAAUGUACUCUGCACCAAUUCUUGGCAGGUAAAAAGAUAUAUAGAUAUAUAUUCUGCUUCAUCAGUUAUUGGAUUUUCCCAUGAAGAUUUGUUGCACAUAGCAGACAUGUAUGCUAAAGCAGAGGAGAGAUGGUCACUUACUACAAAGAAGGUGCUGUCACACGAAAAGGAAAGCCACAAUGAAUUAUUGCCUGCUCUUAAGAGGCAAAUUAAUUUGUAUUCUGAUUUCCUAGCAAGUGUUGCUGAACUUGCACGCUCUAAAUGGACUGAGUUUAAUUUAAAGAUGAUGGGUGCUGGACUUGGCAUUAUGCUGAUAUCACUUCUUGUCCAUUUCCUUGCAAUUAAGAAGGUGAAGGAGGAAUAUGGUUUUUCUUUUUCUUCAUCUGGAGAUUCUGGGAUUUCCUUCAGUUUAAUUUUUUCUUGUUUUAUGGUGGUGAUGCGUGCGUGCAGCUUCCUCUCGAAUAGUUUUAUCUUGGAAGAAGGAAAAGUGGCAUGCUUUCUUUUGGCCACUACUGGACUAAUUAAGAUGCGAUAUUCAAUCAUGAAGAAGAAGAUGAUAUUAGAAGCACUUGUUUUCCUUCUUCUGAUCACCAUUUGCAGAUUUACUAUUGAAGUUGGAUUGUCAAAGCAGGCUCCUAGUUCUGAAAUUAUUAAUGCAUAUCCUUCAUGGAUGCUCAGGAUCACCGCAGGGUUUCCAGUUUGGAAUAUUGUUGCUGAAGUUAUACCGGCAGUUUCCCUGAUUUUAUUGGCAUUUUUGCUGCGCAAGGCCAUUACUGGAAGCUCUUCCGAGGGGAUUUGGAAGUAUAUUAUCAUGGGAACUAAUAUAAGUUAUAUACUAAUAGCAGUGCAUUGGGCUUCAGAAAGUAACAUAUUCAAUCUGGCCGAGGUGCUUAAAGGCAUAGGAAGAAAUUACAUUCCUCGUCUGAUAUAUGCCAUUGGAUUUGGACAAUUGUUAUUACUGGCAUUUAAUCAGCUUUUCAAUAAAGGGACAUCCUCAGAUUGCAGCAAAGUCUUAUAUAUUAAAACAGUGGCCAUGUUUUCUGCCUGGAGCUCAACACUCAUUCUUCUGUUGGGAAAGCAGGGUCCUUGGAUUGCUUUAGCAUUCGUUAUUGGAGGUUAUUGCAUAAUGAGGCUGGAUAACAUAGAGCUGGAUGCCAAAGAUGGAGGCAGUUGGAAUACGAUGCUUGAUCCUAUUCCUGUAACGCAGUGGAGCCUUUUUGCUGUGUGCCUGUUUUUCUGCACCGGUCAUUGGUGUGCUUUUGACGGCCUCCGAUAUGGUGCUGCAUUUAUUGGGUUCGAUGAUUUCAUCCUAGUUCCCCAAGCAAUCCUCCUUACAAUGGAUACAUUUGGUUUUUCUCUCAUCCUUCCAAUAUUUGGACUUCCAUUUCUUGUUGCACGCCUGGGUCAGACUGAGAAAGGGAAGAAAUUUGUGCUCACACGACUAUCUCUAGUGUACAUGAUUUAUGGGCUCAUCAUGGCUACUUCGGUCACAGCAACUAUAAUAUGUGUUACAAUGCACAGGCGGCAUCUAAUGGUAUGGGGUUUAUUUGCCCCGAAGUUUGUUUUCGAUGUGGCGGGUCUUAUCCUUACAGACAUACUCGUUUGUUUGGCCUCACAUUACUACUUCAGUCAAGUAGAAGACGAUGCCCUACAAGAUCCGUUCACCAAAGACAAUGCCCUACAAGAUCUGUUCACCAAAAAAUAGAAACAAUACAUGUAAUCAACUGAAAAUUUUUGUCCACAUUUAUUUAUUGAUUGAUUGUUGUAGCAAUUGAUUCGAGAUAAAGAUGAAACCUGCAUCGAUACCAAA